GGGACGCGGACAUCUAUCGGUCUAUCGAUGCGAUUUGUUUUGGACUUUUUUUGUGAUAUAACAAACGAAAAGAAUAGCGUAUAAACAAAGCCUAGAGCCAUGUUUCAGCAUGGCCAACUGCUCUGGCGACAACUCUCACGCAAUCUCCACACAACCUGCAGCUCAUGGCAACUGAACUACUACGAUGCCCUUGGCAUUGGGAAGAGGUCCACUCAAAAUGAAAUCAAGGCCGCCUACUACAAGCUGUCGAUGCUCUAUCAUCCGGACAAGAAUCAGGGCAGCGACAGCGCAGCCAAGAAGUUUCGUGACAUCAAUCAGGCGUACGAGGUGCUGGGUAACUACCGACUGCGUCGACUCUACGACAAGGGAAUAGUUCACACAGCCGGAGCACAAUAUGCCCAGGACAUCCACGAUGCGCCCGAGCCCGUGGUGGAGGACGACCCCGAGACAAAGUUUUACAAGUCCCGCUUUCAGAAGUCCAAAGUAGCCGACUCCGAGGGCCGGACGCCCAUCUACAAUUUCGACGAAUGGUCAAGAAAUCAUUACGGAAAGUCAUUCGAUCGCCGCCAAGCAGCGCAGGCCAAGUACGAUCGCCUAAAGACGCAGAAGGAGAACUCCCGAGUCUCCACCCAGACGGAUGUUGUAAUGCUGGCCUUCAUUUUUGCCAGUGUGGCCAUUUACCUGAUGUUUCUCUCCGAGAGUUCCUACGAUACUCCAAAGCAAAGAGCCGAAGAGCGGCACAGGCGGGAAAUGGAGCAGCAACAGUCGGGGCUACCAGCAACCACCAGCACCACGGGGGGGAAGCCAUAGCCAGAUGCUCUAGUCCACAGUGUAUAUAGUAUAUAAUGCUU